GUGUGGUAAGCUACGGUAGCUGUGAGCUUCUGUCAUGCCUUCGCUGUCUGUGUUUACAGUGCAGCUUUACUGAAAGAGUUAAGACAGGUUACCUUGAUUUCAUCACUUUAAUUCAUCACGUAAGUGUGCCUUUUGUUCGGCUUUAAAACAAAGACUAGCUUUAUUUCUUAAGUUUGGCUAAACCGCUUCAUUAACUUGCUAGAGAGCUCGAAGUUAACUGACAACCUACGUCGUUACGCAGCAACCAAACUGUGAGGUUAUCUAAUGUUAGAGAAACGAAAAUGAAACACGUCUUUUCCAACAAAAUAACGAGCUGAAUUUUAUUUACCGGUGCUGUAUUUCUUCUGUCUGCUUAGUAUUGACUUUUAUACAUUUUUUAAUGUAUUUAGCCGUUUACAAACUGAUGCUUCAAACUCUUCCUUUCUUCCUAACUGAAAAUUUUAAACAAUUUAAAAUAUUUUGGCCUGAUUUAGUCAUAGGUAAUCCUGUGAAACAUCCGGAAUAUUCUCAGGACACAAAAACAUCACCAAUGACUCAUCACUUUAUAAAGAGGAGGUUUUAGAUUCCGUUUUGAGCUCCAGCUAAAUAUCUAUCUGUUCAAAAUUUAUAGAUAAUUCUUCUAUAUGUAUUUCAGGUUUACAGUUAAGUAGUUAGAAGUCAUGAGUAUGUGGACACCCCACACUGUGCAAAAGCUACAGUUUACUAGAAAAACAACAUGUAGUCAAAUUUAUUCUGCUUAAACUUUUUUAGUUUGUGUAAAGAAACAAAUGAUAAAAUACAGAUACAAUAAAUAAUACAUAAUUGGGUCUGUUAUUUUCCACUUAAUAUCAAUCUCAACACCUUUUGUGUUUUCUGUUUUUCCAGCAUGAAGCUGCGAGUUCGUCUUCAGAGUCAGACCAGCAGGGUGGACUUACCAGGAGAAGAACCCAGUUUGACUGAACUCAGAGACCUCAUCAAGGAGACUCUUCUGUCCUCUCACGGACUCAGGUCAGACUAACACAGACGUUAUCAACUAGUAGUUCAUCCAUAACUUGUAAUUAUUGUGUUAAGUGGGAUUAUUUCUAACAUUACUGCUGUUUUACUGUGUCCAUUUCACUUAGCUGAGAUUAACAGCAGUUCUUUCUUUUCCUAAAUAAAGCACAUUUAAUGUUGUAUCGUUCCAAAGUCAGUAUAAUUGUAUUGAGAUUAAAUAUAUUUAAAUGUAAGGGGUUAAAUUAGUGCAGUUUUGACUUAGCUGACUUUAUUUUCCAGAAUGGUUUUGUAAAAUGUAAAUAUUUAAUUUCCCAGGCAUUAAUUUAUUAUUUCUCUCUCAGUGCAGACACAGAGUUCACUUUAUCUCUGAACGGCUCAGAGCCUCUAACAGACACUGGACAGACUCUGUCGUCCUGCGGCAUUGUGUCCGGAGAUUUGAUCUGCGUCAUCCUGCCUGAGUCUGCAGCCGACAAUGCCAACAACAACAUAAACCACGCCAGUUCCGCCAAAUCCGCCCCUGCAAACUUUUCCAGCUCCACCAAAACAACAACCAGCAGCACAGAGAGCCAAAGGUAAGAGCCAUUUUUACUGUUAGUAUAAUUCCUGUGUUGUUGUCUUCACUUUUGUCACUAAAUGUUGGAGUUUGAUUACUUUUAAUAGAUCCUGACUUUGACAAAUCAGUAGAAAUGUCAUCUCCUUUAUACCACAAUAUGUCGCAUCUAUGUGUUUUUAAAAUUUUAAUAUGAGUAUUUAGUGAAGCUGAAUUUGUUAAUAGAAUAUAAAUAUGAGGUGAGUCCACAGGUGGUCACUGGAGAUGCAUUUAGAGAUUCAUGAUAAUGCAAAGUGCAGACUUUCAAACCCAAACCUGUCCACUUGUGACCCAAUAAUCUGUUAAUGAUGUUAAUUCCGGGUCUGAAUGUCUCCUGAUGGUUUGACAAAAAUCUGACAGAAAACCAUCUUUUAUUUUUUUACAGAGACACCAAACAGACCGCAGCCAUGACGUCCAACCAGGUGAGUGGAGACAGUGCAGACAUGGCAGAAAUAUUCAAAUUUGGUUUUUAAAAACGUUGGAAAGUGUAAGUAAUUGGGAAGCAAUUAAAAUGUUUUAUUGCUUGAGUUGUUUUAUGGUUUAUUUAUUUAUUUUGGAUUUAGUGAUUUUUACCAACUUACAAAACACCCUUAGUGAAAAAUGUCAAAUGUUCAGCUUUUGUAAAGAUGUUAUUAUUGUUCAUGACACCAAAUCUCAUGUAAUUUUUAGCCAGUUUAACAAAAAUCUGUGUUAAUCACAUAAAUGUACACAGUUCUGUGCAGCCGCUCGCUCUUAACCUGGCAGAGAAUAACCUGUACAGCUCUGCAUGUGAAUGCAGGAACGAUCAGGAACAAAGUGAAAGAGGUUUGUCUACGAGGCGUGAAGGUGAAAACUGUCAUGGUAGAAAUAAACGAGCUUCAUGUUUGACUGAAGCUGUUCGGACUUGUUUUACAGAAACAUCCAGCUGGUCUCAGCAGAUUUCAGCUUCAUCAGCUGAUCACCUUCAGCUCAGUUUCUGAUAAUGGUAAUCGUGUUGUUUUGGAGAUGACUCUGAACUAGAGAUUUAGACCAGAAACUCGUAAAGAAAAUGUUAACAGAAGGGUAAGAUCAGCUAAGAAUCAAGUCCUCUCGUCAUUGACUUCUAUACAGGUAGACUCAUGAAGUUGCUCCCUGCUGGACACUAGAGGGAAUGCAGGCUUAAAGCAUGUCCACACUGUUUUAAUUCUCUGUCUGUGAUAAUCAGCCCAGCAGCAGCAGCAGCAGCCUCCCUGCAGCAUCCUCAGACUCUCAGGGACCUGAUGAGGUUUCCUCCUCUGAUCCUUCGUCCUCCAGCUGGGAACCGAUGCUGUGCAGCGAGGCAGAGGAGGGUCAGGCUCCGCUCUCACUGGAGCUCCUCUACCACUUGGCUCAAACUUCGAGUUCCAGUGACGCCGUCAUGGUGGCCGCACAUCAGCUGAUGUUAGAGACUGGGUUUGUUCCUCAGGUGAGAUGACAAAGUCUGUUAGUAAACGAUCAAUCUUUAAACCAAUCAGCUGCCCUCUGACACAGUGUAUACCUCUGGGAAUGUUGGUUGAUUAUAAAUGACAUCUAGACUCUGUAGAUUUCCAACCAUAAGAGUUGAUGGAUGUUUUCCUGGUGGAUUGUGUUUCACUGACUGUUUUUCCUAAUGAUACCUGAUUGGUCAGUACUACUAUGUGUUUGUGUUUGUGUGUGUGUGUGUGUGUGUGUGUGUGUGUGUGUGUGUGUGUGUGUGUGUGUGUGUGUGUGUGUGUGUGUGUGUGUGUGUGUUUCAGGGCUGUGAGCUGCAGUCAGGUGAGAUGCCUGCAGGUUGGAGGUCAGCAGGUGGAGUGUACAGACUGCAGUACUCUCACCCUCUGUGUGAGAACAGUCUGGUCUCUGUGGUGGCGCUGUGUAUGGGCCCUGUGCUCGCCAUCAACGGUGAGUUCAGCUGAUUUUAUAAAAACGCUCAGUCACAUGAUCCUCAGUUUAUGAAAUGAUCAGAAAAAGACUUUUCACUUUUUGCUCAUUUUAAAUCUGAAUAAUCAGCCUGUUUGUUUUUUCCUGCAGCGACUCUGAAGGUGAACGAAUCCGUCGACACGAUCCCCAAACUGACCCUGAAUCCCCGCAGCUACGUGACCACCCAGUGCCCAGGUACAGCUCUGAUUGGUCGGUUUAACCCUGUUUAAUUUCAGCCUCAGAGUCUCUACUGUUUAAUGAGGUAAUAAUAAAAUAAUCUGACGUCUGUUUGUUCAGGAGAAAGUGCAGCUGCUGCUUUUAAAGAUCUGAAGAAACUGUCCCGCAUCUUUAAAGACCAGCUGGCGUACCCGCUGAUCGCUGCGGCCAGAGCAGGUACACACACACACACACACACACACUAACACAUGGGUGAUAAUAUUUUGUAAUAACAUAAGUAGGGCAGUGUCUUUUCUACAUUGAGCUGCUCUCGUGUUUUUCCAGCGAUGUCUCUGCCCGUGGCGUUCGGUCUGGCGGCUCUUCCUCCUGAGCUCCUCCUCAGAGUCCUCAGGCUGCUGGACGUCGUCUCUGUGGUCAGAUUGUCUUCAGUCUGCAGACACUUUCACAUCGCCACAGCAGACUCUGCGCUGUGGAGACACCUGUACCAAAGAGACUUCACAGGUGAGUGUGUGUGUGUGUGUGUGUGUGUGUGUGUGUGUGUGUGUGUGUGUGUGUGUGUGUGUGUGUGUGUGUUGUCUUAGAGAUGUCAGGGUUUAUUUGUGGUCAUUUAGAUAUUUGUUAAAUAAACUUGGUAUGUUUUGGUUCAGGUUCAAGUCUCAGCAGACCAAUAGACACAGACUGGAAAGAGGUGAGCAGAACAAACUGUCCCAUACUGUAGAAAAAGUGAAAGUUUAAUCUCAUGAUCUUAUUUUUGACUUUAUUACUGGUUGAACAUCAUGAGAGUCUCUGUGUUUCCACCUCCAGGUCUAUAAGCGCUACCACAAAAAUCGCUCUGAGCUCCUCAGAGGUCGCCGUUUACCCCUCUAUCGCUCCUUCCCUCCUCAACCCUGGAACCCUCGGGACAUCUUCCAACCCCUCCCCAUUCCCAUCCACCCUCCUGUACCCGGCAUCAUCGGUGGGGAGUACGACCAGAGACCAAACCUACCCCGCGGACUCCUUCCCCGGCCUCGCUUCGACCCCAUCGGCCCGCCACGAGAUCCAGAAAGACGACCUCCGAAUUUCAGACCGGCGGGGGGUCGACCUGCAGACGUACGGCGAGGUUUCAUCUGAUUCUUCUUCAGAAGUAAAACACAGAUCUAAACCAGACAAAUGUUUGCAGGUGUGUAAGGAGAGUGGAACAAAUAAAUAAAUCACAGAAUAAAAAGAAUAAAAAGAGAGCUGUUGAUCAGACAUUCCCUCUGUGUCUUUACUGAGCAGGGAGGCAAGGAAUCAGCAAGGACCAAUAACAAGAGAGAAGGAUCAUCUCUCUUAAAGUGCUCACAGAGAGGCUUUCCUUUAAAAACCUGUCUGAUAUAAACACCGUAACAGUUGACUCAUAUUUACAGCUGACUGUGGUCAGACUUCAUCUAACAUGAAAUCUUCGUCUGGUUUAUGUUCUCAGAUUAACUUGAGUUUAAUGACUGUUCUCACCACAGCAGACCUGCAGUUCGGUCUCCUGCUGUGUUUAAUCCUGUUAGGAGUCAUCUGUUUGGAAGCUCAUUUUUGUGUUCUAAAAAAAUAUAAAAUAAAAGCUCCAAAAAGCACUAAAGGGCAAAUGGUG